AUGAGGCUCAUAAACACACAAACGCUGCAACUUGAGUUCUAUCAUGGAGGAUCACGUCGAUAUGCCAUAUUGUCGCAUGUUUGGGGCAAUGAUGAGGUCACCUUCCAGGAUAUGACUUCAGUUGACCCUGCUGAAGCGCUGGAGCUCGACCGAUAUAGCAAGCUGCGCGAGAGCUGUAAACUGGCACGCUCACUAAAACUGGAUUACUUAUGGAUAGACACAUGCUGCAUUGAUAAGAGCAGCAGUGCUGAACUCUCCGAAGCUAUCAACUCUAUGUUUCGUUGGUAUGCGGAGUCAACGAUCUGUCUCGCUUUCCUCCAAGAUGUUCCACCAUCAGAGUCUGAGGAAGAGAAGAAGAGGGCAUUUAGGGGUAGUCGUUGGUUUUCAAGAGGUUGGACUCUCCAGGAGUUGAUUGCGCCUGGGAAGGUCAUCUUUUACGGACAGGACUGGAAGCCGUUGGGAAACAGGUCAGAGCUCAAAGACUAUAUUAAGCUUGUUACUGGAAUCAGCGAGGAACUGCUGGACUCAACGCAUCAUAUGAUGGAGAUCAAGCAAAGGCAGUUGGGUCAAUAUUCAAUCGCGGAGAAGAUGUACUGGGCUGCGGGAAGAGAAACGACACGGCCUGAGGAUAUCGCUUACUGCUUACUCGGUAUAUUCGACAUCAACAUGCCUCUGCUAUAUGGGGAAGGUCAGAUCAAAGCGUUCAAGCGGUUGCAGGAAGAGAUCAUUAAAUCGACUGACGAUGAGUCUAUCUAUGCGUGGCGACAGCCUCGAUACCGAGUCGAGGGAAAGACGUAUUGGAGUCUCCUUGCGAAUAGUCCUUCGGCCUUCGAUAUCGACCACGUAGCAAAGGAUUUGAACGGACUGGUACCUAAGAAGUCCAAAUACCUAUCCCUUCGCUCAGGAGUAUCAACAUCAAUGACAAAUCGUGGACUGGAGCUUGAGCUUUCUCUAACACCCUUCCCCAUCGACAAGUCGGGGAGUAUCUUUCUUGCCUUUUUGAACUGCGAAUUCCGUCAAGGCCAAACCUCUAUCAACCCAGCCAUCUUGCUUCAACGGGCAGCAUGGGAUAAAGACUCACAUUUUGUGCGCAUCCGGCCAGACAUACUUGCGCUAUCCAUGAUGAACAGCAUCAUUCUUCCUGAUGAGCUUCUGAAUAUGAUGCGAGGUGGCCAAACUCUUAUACUGAAAGAGGCUAUCCCACGGCAGAUCUUUGUACCGCAUAAUACACCUGACCUAAGGUAUCUGAAAGGAGUGAUAUUCCGCCCGGAGAUCAAGGGUCUUAAAGACGAGAGCAAGAUAAUUGUUAGGGUGCGUUCUCGGUCGCCGACAUGGCAGUACUUCGUCGAUACCCGUCAAGGCCCUUCUCAAACUGCAGAGUCCUACGAGAUCAAUUUUGACCUCGCACCUGGACCUUCGCUCGGUUCAUUACAAGAACCUAUCGUCCUUGGAGUGUUGGAACUCGACUUAGGCAGCGCCGACUCAAAGCAAUGCUUAGUUAUGGGAUUAGAGCCUUUGCUGCCGAAUCCUUUCCAAACAACACCUCUUUACUUCUUACCAUGCUUCGACGUUCGUUCAGGAUCUCACUGGACUCUCACAUCACUCGACUUUUCACGUUUUUCGCCAGGCUCCGGUUUCUGA